GGACAAAUGGGUUCUAAAUCUAUCUAAUGAAUUUAGUACACCCAUGGGUGUAGUUUAAGAAAAAGUAAAGAUGAUAGUUUAAAGCUUCGAAAUGACCUGGAGAAAUUAUUUAAAUGGUCUAGAAUUUGGUGGUUAUCGACAAAUAUUUACAAGUGCAUGAUGAUAAAUAUUAGUCCCCAAUGUACAGAUAUAUACACAGUGAAUAACAUUGAACUACCUGUUGCCCAGACACACCUUGGCUUAAAAUUCAUCGUUGACCAAGGCUUAAAAACUACUGCACCCUGCUGUAUGAUAGCCUCCAAAGGUUUUAGAAUCCUAUGAUCAUUAUGUAGAGCCUUUAGAUGUUCCUACUUUUAGUGGUGUAAUCGGUGUUUGUGGCUACACUACUGUAUUAUGAUUGACGACAUAGCUAAUAUUAUUCCUCAGUUAACACAUGGUCUUCAUAAAGGUCAAAUGGGAAGAAUUGCUGUAGUUGGAGGAUCAAAAGAAUAUACUGGAGCACCAUACUUUUCCGCUAUCAGUGCUUUGCAUUGUGGUGCUGAUUUAGUUCAUGUAGUAUGUUCUGCUUCUUCCUCUCCUGUUAUCAAGUCAUAUAGUCCCGAAUUGAUCGUUCAUCCUGUUCUGGAUGGAGUUCUAGCAGAAGCGACUAAAUGUAUGGACAGAGUUCAUGCAAUUACAUUUGGACCUGGUCUAGGACUAACGGAAAACGUUGAAAAUACUACAAAACUGAUAGAUUAUUGCAAGCAUUCUAACAAGCCUAUUGUCAUUGAUGCUGAUGCUUUACAUAUCGUUACUCAAAAUCCAUCACUCAUAGAAGGUUAUGAUAAAACUAUUCUUACUCCAAACACUGUUGAGUUUUCAAGAUUAUAUUAUUCUGUGUUUUCGUCUCAACCAUAUGAUACCAAAGAUGCGACAAGAUCUCUUGCUGAAAAACUUGGUGUCACCAUUGUCCAUAAAGGUCCUACAGAUAUUAUAUCAAAUGGUCAAACAACUGUACAGUGUGCGGAUCAAGGAUCACCCCGCAGAUGUGGUGGACAGGGCGAUGUUCUAUCUGGUACAAUGUCAGUCUUCAACUACUGGUUUCACCAACUUAACGAUAACAAUCCGAAUCUACUGUUUACAGCUACUAUUGGAGCUGCAUUUGCAGCUUGUUCUCUUACACGAAGAUGUUCACAAUUGGCAUACGCUAAAUACGGUCGUUCUAUGAUAACUACGCAAAUGUUGCCAGAAAUACAUAAUGCAUUCGAACAACUAUUCGCUAAAACACCAAUGGCAUGAAGCAAAAUACCACUCUUUUCUGUAUUCUUAACAAACCUGAUUGAGUUGUUUUCAUCAAAUGCGUAUUAACUUUGUACUUGAAUUGACUAACAAGUCCCACGGCAAUUCUGUUUAGUCUUGUAAAGGAUGUAACUUGCAUCUUUGAUACUGUCUUCCACAAAUUAUUGUUGUCAGUAAGUGGGACUUAUGCCUAAAUUCUAAUUCAAGUGUGACACUAUUUAACAAACGUCGUUAGAAUUGAGUCGAUUCGCUUUAAUAAUUACAGGCCAUCUUGUCCGACUGGUUCCCGAGACUUUUAUAACCAUCCUCAAUCACAUUUCCGGUCGACUACCAUUCUGCCAAAAAAUCGUAUUUACCUUCAAGAAGUAUGCAGAUUUGUUUUCGAAUUUUUAUUAUAAAGUAAAUGGGUUGUAAAUACCACAAUAACUUAAGAAGCUCCUAAUGAUAAGAAAUUAAGGCUUCUGUUAACGAAGUCAUUUCAAAUAGUCCGAUAACACUGUACGGAAUUAAAGCUUAUAUUUACUGAAAAAU